UGUCUGAGAAAAGCCAUUUUGUUGUGCUAGCUAGCUAUGUGCUAAAGAAAGCCAUCAAAACAUGGGUCUGUUAUAUCAACGCUAAAUAUGUCGCCUUUAUGUUUUUGUUUACCGUCGCAAAACACAAUAAUUGAACUUGUUAAAAUCUGUAAGUAGUCAAGACUGGCAUGGACUAGCCUAUGAAGCUAAAGUGUUGUGGAGAGGACGAAAACUGGUAGCUAAAACCACGACUGUCUGUGCCGUCAACCAGAGACAACUGGUUCAACGAAGAAGCUGUGUUGGUGACAGUAAACAAACAAGCGACUGAACAAUCCAGCACCAAUUUAGCCAAACACUUGGACCAUACAGCGUUAAGCCAAAGCGCUAAUCUGAUAAUGGCAGAGGACACCCGACAGGACAAGAGAGCCAGCUUCUCUGCUAUAACGGAGCACAACACCAACGGGAUGGCCAGGACCUCCGCUGUGGCCUCAGGCAAAACUGGCGCUUCAAAGAAGUUAGUGAUCAAAAAUUUCAAAGACAGGCCAAAACUAGCAGAGAACUACACUGAGGACACGUGGCUGAAGCUACGAGAUGCAGUAGGUGCCAUUCAGAACAGCACCUCUAUCAAGUACAACCUGGAAGAGCUCUAUCAGGCGGUGGAGAACCUGUGUUCGUAUAAAGUCUCCCCCACGCUGUACAAGCAGCUACGGCAGGUCUGUGAAGAUCAUGUGCAGGCCCAGAUCCACCAGUUCAGAGAAGAGUCUUUGGACAACCUUUCCUUCCUGAAGCGAAUGAAUCGCUGCUGGCAGGACCACUGCAGGCAAACUAUAAUGAUCCGAAGUAUAUUCCUCUUCCUGGAUCGUACCUACGUGCUUCAGAACUCCCUACUCCCCUCCAUCUGGGACACUGGGUUGGAACUGUUUCGUACCCACAUUGUGAGUGACAGUGCAGUUCAGAAGCGCACAGUAGAUGGCAUUUUGGAGCAGAUAGAACUGGAGCGGAAUGGUGAGACAGUGGAUCGUAGUCUGCUCAGGAGCCUGCUGGGCAUGCUGUCAGACCUGCAGGUUUACAAAGAUUCCUUUGAGGAGAGGUUUUUGAUUGAGACCAAUCGCCUGUACGCAGCAGAGGGACAGCGGCUGAUGCAGGAGCGAGAUGUGCCUGAGUAUCUGCACCAUGUGGCUCGUCGGUUAGAGGAGGAGAACGAUCGUAUCGCGAGCUACCUCGACCAGAGCACUCAGAAACCACUUAUUAGCUGCGUUGAGAAACAACUCUUAGGAGAACAUAUGACUGCAAUACUACAAAAGGGUCUGAGCAUCCUGCUGGAUGAGAAUCGUGUGACUGAGCUGGCCCUCCUCUACCAGCUCUUCAGCAAGGUGAAAGGAGGACUUCCCACACUGCUGCAGUUCUGGAGGGAUUACAUCAAGUCCUUUGGUGGAGAGAUUGUAUGUACUCCGGAGAAAGACAAGGACAUGGUGCAAGACCUAUUGGACUUCAAGGACAAGAUGGACAAUGUGGCACAGAGCUGCUUUGCACGGAACGAGGGAUUUAUCAACGCCAUGAAGGAGGCCUUCGAGACCUUUAUCAACAAGAGGCCCAACAAACCUGCUGAACUUAUCGCUAAAUAUGUGGAUUCUAAGUUAAGAGCAGGGAACAAGGAGGCCACAGAGGAGGAGCUGGAGAGAAUCCUGGAUAAGAUAAUGAUAAUCUUCCGUUUCAUACAUGGGAAAGAUGUGUUUGAAGCUUUUUAUAAGAAGGACUUGGCCAAGCGUCUGCUGGUCGGCAAGAGUGCUUCUGUUGAUGCGGAAAAGUCCAUGCUCUCCAAGCUCAAACAUGAAUGUGGAGCAGCAUUUACCAGUAAGCUUGAGGGGAUGUUCAAGGACAUGGAACUGUCCAAAGACAUCAUGAUCCAGUUCAAACAGUAUAUGCAGAACCAGAGUGAGCCCAGCAACAUAGAACUUACUGUCAACAUCCUCACUAUGGGCUACUGGCCUUCGUACACACCCAUGGAGGUCCACUUGCCCCCAGAGAUGGUAAAACUCCAGGAGGUGUUCAAGCUGUUCUACCUGGGGAAGCACAGUGGGAGGAAGCUGCAGUGGCAGCCGACACUGGGCCACGCUGUACUAAAGGCAGAGUUUAAAGAGGGUAAGAAGGAGCUGCAGGUCUCUCUGUUCCAGACGCUGGUGCUGCUGAUGUUUAAUGAGGGAGAGGAAUUCAGCGUGGAGGAGAUUCGCACUGCCACUGGCAUAGAGGAGGGAGAGCUCAGGCGUACACUGCAGUCCCUGGCCUGUGGAAAAGCACGUGUCCUUAACAAGACCCCUCGAGGGAAAGACGUGGAGGAUGGAGACCGUUUCAAUUUCAACAAUGAUUUUAAACACAAACUUUUCCGCAUCAAGAUCAACCAGAUCCAAAUGAAGGAAACGGUAGAGGAGCAGGUAAGCACCACAGAGCGUGUGUUUCAAGACAGGCAGUAUCAGAUUGAUGCAGCUGUGGUGCGCAUCAUGAAGAUGAGGAAGACCCUCAGUCACAACCUGCUGGUAUCAGAGCUCUACAACCAGCUGAAGUUCCCUGUCAAGCCGGGCGACCUGAAGAAGCGGAUCGAGUCGCUCAUAGACAGAGACUACAUGGAACGUGACAAGGAGACUCCGAACCAGUACCACUAUGUUGCCUGAGGGGAUACCACUGUCACUGCCAUGCUUUCCUCACAGCAAGCGUACAGCUGGCCCCCCAAAAACAGCAUUACAGCCCUUCAGCCACCCGACUCUCCUUUGGUGCCCAUCUUUCCCUCCAUCCACAAUCCUGGACGCAGCAUCCAGACCACACAGAGCUCCGGAGAGACGAGAAACAUGGUUGUACUGUUUCCACUCUGCGAUAUCUUUAGUGGGACUCUGAAAUGGGGCUGGAGGAGUGGACCGGGUUGUUCAUGAUUGGUUUAUGUAACUUACAAAUCUGCUAAUGCAAAACUCAACUGAAAAAAUAACUAGCACUUUCCUCUGUUUUUGUUUUGUUUUAUUUCGUUUAUCCUCCUCAGGAUUGGGAUUUUUUUUUUUUUUCCAAUCACGAUCUAAAAUCACUUUUUUUUUUCUACUAUAGUUGGUUUGUCUUGAGUUUUACGAUUUU